CGCGCCCGGACGGGCCUGCCGGGACCGAACUGGCGCCGGGAGCGCCGUGCCACCGCGUGUGAGACAGUGUGUGAGAAUGUGUGUCACAGUGAGAGACCGUGCCUCCGAAUGUGAGGGAGCCUGUGACAAAGUGUGGCACUGUGUGAGUCUGUGUCACCGUGUGAGACCGACCAUUUGAAACUGUGUUUGAGAAUGGGCGAUAGUGUUAGACUGUAUCACUGUGUGUAGAUCGUGGUGUAGAUCGUGGCAGACCGUGGAUGAACAGUAUGACAGACUAUGUCAUCGUGUGUAUGACCUGUGUGUGAGAGACUGUUCGACAGUGUGUGAGAGUAUGUGACAGUGUGGGUGACUGUGUGAACAAAGUUUGGAUUGUAUGAGACUGUGAGACAGUAUGAGACCAUGUCAUGAUGUGUUAUUGUGUGUGAAGCUGUAUGUGAUUGUGUGUGAACAGUAUGUGACUGUUGGUGUGCGACUGUGUGACAGUGUGUGAGACCAUGUCACUGUAUGGGGCUGUAUGUAACUGUGAACAGUUUGACUGUGUGUUGUGGGACCAUGUGAGACUCUAUUUGACAGUGUUUGAGAAUGUGCUUGAUGGUGAGUGGGAGAGUGAGUGUGACUAUGAAGCUGACAGUGUGUAUGAUUAUGUGAGAUUGCAUAACUUAACACUGUGUGUCAUCCUGACUGUGACAGGGUGACCCAGAGUGGCCUUUUAUGACCCCUUGUGAGUGGAGGGUGGGCUAUAGCAUGGGGCCAUGUGCACAGGCUGCCAGGGAGGUGCCAGAAUGAAGGAUUCUGUGGUUUGUCUUGUCUGGUUUGUGUGGUGGGCGGGAGGCUGUGUUGGUGCUUGGGGAGGCCAAUGGGCUCUGGGGUUUAGGAGACUGCUGUUGUGGGGGAGAGACAGAGAGAUUGAGAUGAAGAGAAAAAGAUGGAGAGGGGGAGAGGAGAAGAAGAGGGGAAGAGAGCUGGAAAAAGAGCAGAGAGCUGGAGAGGGAGAAACUGAGAGGGAAGCCCCAGCCUUAGGCCUGGAAAGCAGACCGGGUUGCUGGGCCUUAGCCCUCUCUGGUGUACAGGGAAGGUCUUUCCAUCCUCUCUUAGUCUCUCGGGCAUGUGGGGAAUUGAAGAGGAAAAAGGAAAGGGAGACUCACUAUGUGUUCUUUAUGAAAAUAAGUGACUGAUGAUUAAAAUUUAUUUAGCACAAAGAAUGUGCCAAGCACUGUGCUAAAUGCUUUAUUUGGAUCAUUUCAGGAUUCUCCCAACAUUUAAUAGGGAAUAGUUACCAUUUCACUGGUAAGGAAACACAUUUGGAGUGGUUACCUAACUUGCCAAAGGUUGCAUAGGUAGUGAGUGGUGAUGGAUCAGGUGCUUGAGCUCAGGUGUUCUAAUCCCCAACCUAGUGGUUCUCACCACUGAGUUAUGCUGCUUCUUAAGUAAUGGCUUUAUUUUUCAAGGCAUUGAAGUAUAGUGGAAGUAUAGUGGAAAAGAAAAGAUUUAAAGACUCUGAUGACUGUUCAUACAUAGCCUGCCCUUCCUUCCUCUCCCCUUCCUCCCUCUUUCUCUCUUUUCGAGGAAAUCGCUAAGAAGAAAAGUCAAGAGAUUGGUUUUCGGGUGGAGUUUGUCAUAGCCAGGACCAGAAGCGGGUGUCCUGACUGGUCCAGUGUCCUCCAGACCACAUGGCCCCUCUGAUAUCCACUCUGUGUAAAGAUGCUUUCUCUGAAGCAUUCAGUUUGUAGCUUUAUCUAUCAUCCUUGCAGAAAUGGGAGGGUACAUAUUUCCUUUCAACAUCAUUAUCUGGUGUAAAGACUAAAAAGUCAGACCUGGUUUCCAUUUUGGCUCAAUUACUUCUCACCUUGGAUAAUUUCACCAAUGAACAGCCUUCAUUUGUAAAAGGGGGACGAAUCCCUACUUGGUAAUGUCAUUCUGUAAUUGUUGUUAUUGUUUAUAAAUGAAGAAUAACUUAUGCACAGAAAAUGUAUAUUGUAUUCUUAAGACCUAAAGCACAUGGGGAAAAGAAUUGUAAAUUUAGAUGUGAAUGACUUGCUCAGUGACUCUUCUAAUCUACUUAUGUGGUAUAGAGAGAAGGGGAAAGAAAAGGAAAGAAGGGUUUCUAGGCAGGUGAUGGUGGGACCUGCUGGGUAGGCUUGGCAUUUUAUGUUUUUUUUUUUUCUUCUCCAGCUUUACUUUCUCAGGAUACUACUCUUUCCUCAGAAAGGAACCUGAAGGAGGAGGACAGAAGAACUGUCAUAAAUUCUUAAAGCCAUGUCCAAGAAUUUGGUGACAUUUGGGGAUGUGGCUGUAAAUUUCUCUCAAGAGGAGUGGGAAUGGCUCAACCCUUAUCAGAGGAAUUUGUACAGGAAGGUGAUGUUGGAGAACUAUAGGAGCCUGGUUUCACUGGGAGUUUCUGUUUCUAAGCCAGAUGUGAUCUGUUUAUUGGAGCAAGGACAAGAGCCCUGGAUGGUGAAGAAGGAGGGAACAAGAGGCACAAGCCCUGGUUGGGAGUAUGUGUUUAAAAACAGUGAAUUUUCAUCAAAGCAAGAUAUUUAUGAAGAGUCAUCCAAAGCAAUGACAAUGGGAAGAAGCCAUCUUACUUAUAACCUUAACUGCCCCAGUAUGAGAGAAGACUGUGAAAGUGAAGACUGGUUUAAGAAUCAGUUGAGAAGUCAGGAGGUUCACUCUAGUCAAUUAAUCAUCAUGCAUAAAGAAAUCAUUCCAGAAGAUCAAAGUAAUGAAUAUAAUAAAUCUUGGCAAAUAUUGCAUCAGGAUGCAAUACUUGAUAUACAACAGAGUUUUCCCACAAAAGAAAAGGUACGUAGGCAUGAUCCACAAAAGAGAAGUUACCGAAAAAAAUCUGUUGAAACAAAACAUAAGAAAGUCUAUGUGGAAAAGAAACUUUUGAAAUGUAAUGAAUGUGAGAAAGUCUUCAAUCAGAGCUCAUCCCUUACUCUUCAUCAGAGAAUUCAUACUGGAGAGAAACCAUAUGCAUGUGUUGAAUGUGGGAAAACCUUCAGCCAGAGUGCAAACCUAGCUCAACAUAAGAGAAUACAUACUGGGGAGAAACCGUAUGAAUGUAAAGAAUGUAGGAAAGCCUUCAGCCAGAAUGCACAUCUUGCUCAACAUCAGAGAGUUCAUACUGGAGAGAAACCUUAUCAAUGUAAAGAAUGUAAAAAAGCCUUCAGCCAGAUUGCACACUUGACUCAACAUCAGAGAGUUCAUACUGGAGAGAGACCUUUUGAAUGUAUUGAAUGUGGGAAAGCCUUUAGUAAUGGUUCAUUUCUUGCUCAGCAUCAGAGAAUUCACACAGGAGAGAAACCUUACGUAUGUAAUGUAUGUGAGAAAGCCUUUAGCCAUCGUGGAUAUCUCAUUGUACAUCAGAGAAUUCAUACUGGAGAGAGACCUUAUGAAUGUAAGGAAUGUAGGAAAGCCUUUAGCCAGUAUGCACAUCUUGCUCAACAUCAGAGAGUUCAUACUGGAGAAAAACCUUAUGAAUGUAAAGUAUGUAGGAAAGCCUUCAGCCAGAUUGCAUACCUUGAUCAACAUCAGAGAGUUCAUACUGGAGAGAAACCAUAUGAAUGUAUUGAAUGUGGGAAGGCCUUUAGUAAUAGUUCUUCACUUGCACAACAUCAGAGAAGUCAUACUGGAGAAAAACCCUAUAUGUGUAAGGAAUGUAGGAAAACAUUUAGCCAGAAUGCAGGCCUUGCUCAACACCAGAGAAUUCAUACUGGAGAGAAACCUUAUGAAUGUAAUAUUUGUGGGAAAGCCUUUAGCUAUAGUGGAUCUCUUACUCUACAUCAGAGAAUUCAUACUGGAGAGAGACCAUAUGAAUGUAAGGAUUGCAGGAAAUCUUUCAGGCAGCGUGCACACCUUGCUCAUCAUGAGAGAAUUCAUACUAUGGAGUCAUUCUUGACUCUUUCCUCUCCCUCACCUUCCACAUCCAAUCAGUUGCCAAGACCUAUAGGUUUUAUCUCCUAAAUAUAUUUAGAAUAUGACCCCUUCAAUCUACUUCCAUUUCAUCCUUGUCCAAUGCACAUUGAUAUAUUUUACAUGGAAUAUGGAAAUAGCUUUCUAAUUGGUCUCCCUGUAUUUACCAUCACCACUGUCAGUUUUCCACAUAACAGCCAAACUUGUAUUUAAAAAAUUGAUCAUACCAUUUCUCCUUCAUUAAAAUUCCUCAGUGAUAUCCCAUAGUUCUUAAGUUAAAGCACACAUUCCUCAAAAUAGCCUAUACGACCCUUUACCUCCCAAUAUCUCCUUGUUCCAGACUACCUUCUGAAGCCCUUUCAUGUCAUUAGCCAUCUCAUUGUCUGCAUACUUACCCAGAAUUAAGAACUCAUAUUCCAGCAUCAGAUAGAUCUGGGUUAGAGUUCUUGCUCUUCCAUGUUCUAGCCCUCUAAUUUGAGGGGAGCAUUUGUCCUUUGCAAGCUUCAGUCCUAUUUAUAUUAUGGGAAUAAUAAUGGUACUACCUCAAAAGUGAAUAGAAGAAUUAAGUAAUGCAUGUAAAUUUCUCAGCAGAGUGCCUAGCAUAAAGUAAUAACUAAAACAUGUAUGUAAAAUAAAAAGAUACCAUGGUAUACAAUGCAGAGCUAAUCAUCUCAGCUGUGAUCUAUCUGACAAAUGGAAAGAAUCAGCAGCUCAGGCCUGGGAGAUUGUAAAGCUUUUUGAUUAAGAAUAGUAAUCAUUAUUCUAAAGGUAGCUGAUGAGGGUAUCCAAUACAAUAGGAUUGAUUAAACAGCUGACUUCUAUCAGCAUGAACACGUAGAUAUAUGACUUUAUUGAUAAAAAAAAAAACAGAUAUUCAACAGUCUGAAGAAGUCAGUUUUAAAAAUGACUUUUAAUAAGACAGGCAGAAUUUACUCAGAUGUACACAUUUAUAUGAAAGCAGAUGCAAAAUAAAAAUUUAAAACACAAGAGAGAAAACUUGAAAAGAUCAGUAGCCUACAAAGAAUAGAAAAUAAAGUAUAUGAGCACCUGUCCUAGUUCUGGGUGAAUGAAUUGUAUGAAGCCUAUGUCAUUUAAACUAGACAAGGUGUUAAAUUUCUAAAAUUCCAAAAUUAGAGAAAAGAAACCAAAGCUGUAAAUUAAUACUUAUAAAUUGGCUGCUCACAAACAUGUUUGACUUGGUUUGCAUUGAGGUUAAAAUAAAUGUGAAUACCUGUA